GUGGCGAGCUUUCAUCCCUGGUAUUUGCAAUUGUAAAGUUGAGUGCGCUUAGAGUUAAUUUUGAUUUAAUAAUCGUACAAAUAAUUCAAUACAAUGCCAGCGAAUGCGUCGGAUCAGGAGAAGGGCAAAAAGCCGACGGAAGAAAAUUCCGCUAGAAACAAUUUUAACUUCGCUGAUGCUGCCAAAAGCAGCGCUAACAUUCACAACGAACUGAAUAUCGCUCCUCAGCCUGUGGAGAUGUCCGAGGGCACCAGAGCACGCGAACCGGACGAGCCUCUGGCGGAGAAACCGCUGCAGUCGACCUUCGUGGCCACGACCGAGCACCACGUGGAAGGAGAGGUGCUCUGUGUAAACGUAUCGGAGAACACCAGUCUGCUGGCCGUGGGCAAGCCCGACUGCUUGGUCUACAUAUAUGGGCUAAAGCUCCAUGUGACCGGAGGGUACGCUGAUUGGAUCAGUGACGGUGAUUUCCAACUCAUCGGCCACAAAGUGCCGGUCACCCGCGGCGCCUUUUCGCCAGACCGACAGUCGAUAGUAACCUGGUCGCCGGAUCUGGUGCUGCGUCUGUGGAAUCUGGAAUCACGGAACUGUGUGGGCAUCUACUCGAACACCCAUAGCGAUGUCACCCAUAUUUUGUUUGAGCCCGAAAGCUUCUUCUUUGCCACCAUCGAUGAACUGGGCUAUGCAUUCAUUUGGAUGAAGAACGACACGAACACGAACUCGAACAAUAGGUUGCGUUACGUGGACAAAAAUUACUACACGCAUGCGUUGUCGGCCUGUGUGUUUCACCCGGAGAGAGCCUACCUGGCCACUGGCUCCAUUAACGCCACGGUCCGCAUGUGGAACAUGUCCAUGGGAUCUUCAACGGUGCGCAACUUUUUGGGUCACAGCGAACCCAUCACCGCCCUGGCCUUCUCAAGGUGCGCUGGCUACUUGGUCGCGGGUGCCUACGAUGGUCUCCUCAUUGUCUGGAACGUGAUGGAUCAGGGGAUUUUACGCCGCAUUUAUCACCAUACGGGAGGCAUUACCUCGAUUGCCUUCGCCCUGGAUAGCAAGCGCUUCGCGGUGGGUAGCAAUGACACCCGGAUGAGCGUAUGGGACUUUGAGCUCAUGGUGCGGACCAAGGGUCAGGAGAUUACCGCUGAUGAGCUGCUAGUGGGCUCGCGAUUCAGCGAGUGUGGAAUCAUCUACGAGGUUCGCUUCGUCAGUGACACUCACCUGAUGGCCAUCUGCGUGGACAAACCCGAGGAGAGUGAGGAAGUCGGUGAGGAGGAGGAAGAAUCUUCUUUCAGCUUCGAUGCCGAUGAAGCUGAGGAGUCAGGGUCAGAAGAAUUUUAGGAGAAAUAGAUUGAUUUUCGAGCUCACGAGAAUUUAUUAGCAGAUGAACAAGAAAAUUGUUUGAUAUUUUUUUUUUAUUACUUUGGUUUAAUUUUGAAAUAAUGAAUCUUCUAGUCAGAACGAACAUUUUAUAUAUUUCCGAUGGAUUUUCGAUGGUUCUGAUCAGCAUAUUAGUUAUGGGACAUAGAAUUCAAAAGCUUGUAACUCUGAGACAACCACAAGAAAGUCUUCAAUUAAUUAUGUUGCAUCAAAAUCACUCGUGUUUAUAUACUCCUAAUUAAAAAUCAGUUGAGUACAUUAAUAAAGCGUUUUAUAAUCCGCUUAAUUCUUCACAAUUUAUAGCCACUUCU